AUGGAGAGCUUGACGUCUCAUCACUUACUACCACCAUUUGCGGAUGGGAUCAAGACAGCUCCGCUAGUAUCGGUAUCUUUUGUCAAGCUCCAGGCCGGUGACAGCGAAGAGUCCAACACCUUUUUCAAAGCGUGCCAGGAACUCGGUUUCUUCUAUCUGGAUCUGUUAGGAUCAGAAUUAGGAGAGAAAAUAAUCGCGGAAGCGGAAAGACUCAACACUGUCCAGAAACAAUUCUUCAAAUUGCCGAACAAUGUCAAAGACAUAUAUGGCCGUCCCCAUCUCGAUCCGUUCUACGCUUACCGGUACAAUGAGCUCGACGCCAAAGAUGAAAAUGGGGUGACCCUGCGUGGAGAAAACUAUAACGCGCCACCCAGCGAGUUCGAUGAGGCUCGUGCCAAACGCGCCGAGCAUACUGACUUUGGAUCGAUCACCAUCCUCUUCAACUGGCUUGGCGGGCUUCAAGUCAGGCUCCCGGACACGGAAGAGUGGGUCUACGUCCGGCCUAUCCCUGGUUCCUGCGUGGUCAAUCUUGGCGAUGCCAUGGUCAAAUUCACUGCUGGUCUCUUGCGCUCUAACAUACACCGUGUUGUACCGCCUCCGGGAGAGCAGGCCGGUUUGACACGCAACUCAUUGGUAUUUUUUUCAAGGCCAGAGGACUCCGUGGUCCUUAAGCGACUUAAGGGCGGCAUUAUCGACGCCCAGCCUGUGAUGGAGACUGGCGAGCCCGAAAUGACAGCUCACGAGUGGAUCAUGCAAAAGGGCACAGGCAAACUCCCGGGUGUAUGGACAAAGAAGGGAUUCGAGUGGAGGGAGAACGACGAGAGGCUCAAGAAUGCUCCAAUUCAGAUUGCAGGAACAGCAUAG